UUUGGUUCGAAGAGCGUGGUGAAAAUUAGUCGACUGGCAAAGCGAAGGAAGAGAGAGUAGGGAAGAAAUUCGAACACAGCAACAAUGGGCGGAGGAAUGGAAGCUCAGAAGAACAGAUUUAUCGAGGAUUGGGGUUCUGCUAGAGAAAAUCUUGAGCAUAACUUCCGUUGGACUCGCCGUAACUUUGCUCUUGUUGGUAUCUUCGGCAUCGCCAUCCCCCUCCUCGUUUACAAGGGGAUCGUCAGGGAAUUCCAUAUGCAAGAUGAGGAUGCCGGCAGACCUUACAGGAAGUUCUUUUGAGCACCGUACUUGGGACUGCAAUAAUAAUUCCUUGGAGUAAUCAAACCUUUCUUAUCUAUGUGAGAACACUGAACACCCACCAAUUUGGAUUCUGGGACAAUAUUUCAGCUUUAUGCUAUGCAAUUACACUGUAUUUCAUGUCAUUUUGUGAACGCUGAGUAUUUUUUGUUGAAGAUCAUGCCUUCCAAAUAUGUUAUGCAUAUUUCCUUGUCUU